AUGGACUCUCUGGGUGUGUUCUACAGUGGAGACUACGACCCGCACGCCUCAGCCAGCUACGAGCGGGAUCCUCCCGCGUGCCGCUUCUCCAGCGCCGCCGAGCAUCACACGCCCUACGCCGAGCCCCCGUACACGCAGCACACACACACACUGCCUGCGGAGUACGUGCCCUGCGAGCUGCCCGCCUGCCAGCACGCGCCAAACGAGCAGGAGAACCAGCCCGGGUUCGUGUCGCCCGGGAAAGGCUCGGGGGCUGAUGGGUAUCCGCCUGUAACGGAGCAGAGCCGGGGGAGCGAGGAGGAAGAAGGAGGAGGAGGAGGAGGAGGACAGGCAGCGUUUCCGUGGAUGAGGGCACUCAGAACACAGGCCUGCCCAGCACCUGUUACAGGUUAUUUCUGCGAGGACUCGGAGGAGCACAAGCGCAGCCGGACAGCGUACAGCAGGGCGCAGCUGCUGGAGCUGGAGAAGGAGUUUCUCUUCAACAGGUACAUCUCCAGACCCCGCAGGUACGAGCUGGCCACCAGCCUCAACCUCACCGAGCGCCACAUCAAGAUCUGGUUCCAGAACAGGAGGAUGAAGUGGAAGAAAGAGGAGGCGAAGAGGCGCGGGGGCGCGGAGAGCAAGGACGCCAAAGAGCUGCACGCGGACUCCACCAACACCACGUGAAGGAAAAGGCGGGAGACGGAGAUCAUUACAGAAUGCAGUCGUGUGAAUACAUGAAAGAAUGAUUGAAGACCUCUGGUCAAAUCAGGUUCUGUUGAUAUUCCAAGUGAAAGUAAGUUAACAGAGUUGACUCUACAGAAAACAGACUUAACCCUCCUUUCCUCUUCACAUUUGCAGAUUGACUUCUCAGUUUGACCCCAGCCAUUGAAACUUUAUUUCAUUUUUAAUUGCUAAAACUUAAAAAGUUUAGAUGCUUUGCUCCUUUGUGAAUCGUUUAUUUAGAGACGUGAAGCAUUGAAUCAAGUCAAACUGACCCCAGAGAUAAUACACUGUAAAAAAAAAGGGAAAAAAGGUCAUUUUCUGAAAAUGUCUGUAAAAAAACAGAAAAUACUGACAGUUUAAGAACAUAGAAAAGAUGUGAAAAAAAGCGUAGGAGGGCUAAGUAUGGCGUUCUUUCUUCACAUUUUAGUGCACACAUUUUAUUCGUUUGCUGUUUAACAUAUUUGCACGGGUCGCCUUUAAGUUAUUCGCCCCUGUAAUAUGUUCAUUUCAGCAGAUGAAGUUAGAAUGUAGAGGAGAUGUGACUUAUUUUCACUUUAAAGAUCAACAAAACAUGCCAUUUGACCAGGGGUGCCCAAACUUUUUGCACAACGACUGUACCUUAUCCGUCCGCUUUAGGGGUUAAAGGCCCUGGACGUUGAGUGCUGAGGAGCAUCGCACUUCAGGAGUUGAUUGCUUUAUAAUAACGUUAUUGAAUGGUAAUAUUUGCAGUGCAGACUGUAUGGCUUCAUUUAAGAAGCUCCACAGGGUAAAAUAUUUAAAUCAUGGUGGAGAUCAGCCAAUCAGUGCGCAGAGGACAGAGUGAAAUCUUAUGUUUACAUUUGAAUUAUUUGGACAUUUGCAUUUGUACAGAACGAUGUGUUUUGUGUAAAUGAGUUGGGCGUUAUUAGACGGUUGUUUGGACUUCCUUUAUUGCUCUUAUAUGAUAUCGCUGUGUAGCUUUUGAGGGAGAAUAUUUCUGAUGGAUCGAAUUUGUAAGAAUCCAACAUAAUAUAUGAAUGUUUGCCUUUUU